UGCGCGGUUGUAUUUAUAUGGGCAAUCGGAUCAAGAUUCCUUACCAUGAUGAAAGGAACACCUUUCCACAGUUCCAUUUUACUCAGGUGCUUCUUUUGUUGUACCUGCGAAUCGAUGUCAGUAGGGCUAUCCUUGCUCUAAUUUGAAUUUCAUUAUUAUACAAGUGUUUUUUUCUGUUCGCCCGUGUAUAAAACGAGUUAUCUCAGUUUCCAGCUAUCAGUUGUAAUAAAAAUGCGGUAUCUGUGCGUUUUUUCCUUAACCCUUAUCCUUUGCUGCCUUUCAAUAAAGGCUCAGAGCUUAAAUUGCACCAGGCUUCGCGAAAAUUGUCGUCCUUGUACCCGCCGCUUGGUGGAUCCUAUUAACAACCUGGAAUUCAUUAAUAGCGAUUGUAGGGAAAAACUAAGAGGACGUUGGAUUUGGCGGGAUGUAAGGCGUUGUGAUAUGCAAAUUGUUGCGUGCGAAAAUCACGAAACCCGACUGGAUUGCGAAAAUGUGGCUAGAAUAACAGGCAUGAGACGGAUUCGUUGAUAUUUCAUAACUCUUGAGAGAAAUUUAAAACUUUUUGUCUUUUUAAACUAUAUUUUUUAACAU